AAAAUUUCUCCACACUUUUUUCUCUUAUCUCAUGGAGAAGCACUCGCAGAGACUAAUCAACUGCAUCAUCAUCGGUGCAGCUCUUUUACUGCACUGUCGUAUUUCAUACGGAGCAAAAGCUGUGGUGUCCCACUCUCCAGAAGGAAAAGGUACAUGGAACCUACUGCUGAACGACACUGGAGUGGUGGGUGUGCAUAUGGCUUUAACCCGUUGGAACACUGUGAUACUGUUUGAUCGGAGCGGAUCUGUCAGGUCGGGAUACCAGCUCCGCCAUCGGUUCAAUGGAACAAGAUGCAAGGGCACUCGUGACGACAUGUCAGACCCAGCUUGCUUUGCUCAUUCUGUUGAGUACAGCAUUUCCAACAACAGUGUCAGGUACUUGAAUCUCAUGUCUGACACUUUCUCGUCUUCUGGCUCCAUCUUGAGCAAUGGAACGAUCGUUCAAUCAGGGGGCUUUGGGGACGCUUCGACAAGGAUUCACUACAUUGGGCCUUGUACAAGUGGUGAUGGUUGUGAUUGGAACCUAGACAAAAAACACUUAGCUGAAAAGCGUUGGUACGCUUCUAGCCAACUUCUCCCGACGGAUGACAGGAUCAUUGUUGUUGGAGGACGCGGUUCCUUCUCAUAUGAGUUUGUACCGAAAAUGUCAACCAAUAGAAAUGCUUUUCACCUUUCUUUCUUGCAGAAAACCAAUGACGGAAAUGAAGGUAACAAUCUUUAUCCAAUUGUUCACCUUUCCGUUGAUGGCAAAUUGUUCAUUUUUGCCAACAGGGAUUCUGUUCUUUUCAACUACAAGCAAAACAAGGUUGAAAAGAAAUUCCCAAGAAUCCCCGGAUUGGGGUCAAGGAGUUAUCCAAGCACAGGAUCAUCAGUUAUGCUUCCACUGGAUCAGAAAGAUGGCUUCCGCGUAGUGGAGGUCAUGAUAUGUGGAGGGGCAGCUUCAGGUGCGAAUGCAGCUGCUCGACAGGGUAAAUUCUUGACAGCUCUAAACAGUUGCGGAAGAAUGGUGAUCUCCGGAAAUAAGCACAGAUGGAAGAUGGAAAACAUGCCAGGGCCACGCCUGAUGAACGAUAUGGUGCUUCUUCCAACAGGACAUGUGCUAAUCAUAAAUGGCGCGAAGAGGGGUUGUUCUGGAUGGGGAAAUGCAGCUGGCCCCGCUCUUGAACCUUACCUAUACAACCCCAAGAAAAUUGUUGGCAGAAGGUUCACGGUUCUGAAAUCCACAAAAAUCGCAAGAAUGUAUCAGUCAUCAGCAAUUCUCGUACCUGAUGGAAGCGUACUAGUAGCAGGGAGCAAUCCAAAUGAUCAAUACACUUACAAAAAUGUAAGUCACCCUACUGAACUUCGUCUACAGGCAUUCAUGCCGGACUAUAUGGGCAAGGAAUACAGCCACCAAAGGCCUCAUAACGUGUCCAUUGACAUCAAGGGCAAGGAAGGAGUCGUGUAUGGUCAUGAAUUCUUGGUUCGCUUUUUGAUGGAAAGCCAGCCUGGUGAAUAUUUGGCUUUUAGUGCAUAUGCUCCCCCAUUUACGACACAUUCUCAGUCGAUGAAUCAAAGGUUGUUGAGGCUCAGGUGCACGCGGAUAAUAAGCGAUGCAAAUGGCUGGUGGAAUGCUACUGUGGAAGCUCCUCCAUCAGCUAAUGUUGCACCCAGUGGAUUUUAUUUGCUUAGUGUUGUUAACGAGGGAAUUCCUAGCAUUUCUGAGUGGGUUAAGUUCAUUCAUGCUGAUUCAACUUGAAUUAAUCAUAUUGUAUAACCUAUGAAUUCUAGUGCUAAUGUAUUCAAUAUCGUUUUUGUUAUGAAUGAUUAAGAUUUCUUCUACUC